GUUUCUGCAAAAACCGACGUCAUCACAGCGCGACGGCUUCAAAACGGACGCAGUCUAGACAACAGCUAGCAGUUUCUGCAGUUAUCAUAUCCGUUUAGCGGAUACAAAAUAAUAUGUUCAUAGUUUUUACAUUGACAUCACACAUAGUGGAAGUCUUGUAGCUUUAGUCUCAAUGCGUAGCUGUUAUCCUACCCGCUUCCCGCUCUCCUGAAGAGGCACGAGCUGUUAGCUGCUAGCUGUGAACGGGUUGGCGCUGAUGGACGAGCUGCCGCAUCUUCCACCUGAAGUUUGGGUCUACGUGUUCAGCUACCUGAGCACGGACGAGAAGCACACGGUCCGCACCGUCUGCAGGCAACUCAAGAGGCUCGUCGACCACCCGUCCCUAUGGCGGGACUACACGGUGGUGCUGUCCGACCUCCGCCGCUACACCUACGGCUUCUGGGACACCUUGAACCACCGCAAGCUCACCCGGGUAGCGGUGCGCCACCUGCGGCGCAAAGAGUGGCGUCGGCUCGUCAAGUUCCUGCCGUCCCUCACGGCUAUCGUGUUCGUGGACGGAGGACGGGUCUACAAGGGCAAAUACCUGGACAACCUGUCCCGGUUCCCCGACUUGAGGGAACUAGGGGUUCGGAACGCCAACUGGGACGAACCGGUGAUCGGGAGGAGUCUGACCGGGCAGCUGCACGAGCGGCUGACGCACCUGAGCGCGUGUAACGUCCGGCUGCCCUGCACGGUGGAGUUUAUUAACGCCGUGUCCCACCUGGUGAACCUGCGGUACCUGGUGUUCCACCAGCAGGGGGAGGGCUACGGGCUGGACACGGUGAGGCCAGUGCCCUGCGGCGUCUUCCACAACCUGCUGCUGAGCCUCAAGAAGCUGAAGCACCUUUCCUGGGGGAUGAGGGGGGAGCCGCCAGAGCCGCUGCCCGAUGACUACCUCAGCCCCUCGGACCCGGUCAAUCCAGGAGCGCCGCGGUACGGCGGCCCAGCGCUGACCAGCCUGGAGCUGGUGGAUUACCCAGAAACCAUCCUGCCAGAGAACGCACUGAGGAGCCUGACCUCACUCAGGUCUCUGACUAUCCGCUACAGGUACAUCAGAGAGGGCAUCGCGUGCCGCCUCACCUCCUGGCUGAGUCCCCUCACACAGCUGGAGACCCUCACCAUCAUCGGAGGAAAUUCUCUAGCCGCCUAUACGACCACCAUCCCAUCCAGUGUGACCCGGCUGACGCUGCGAGUGGCCAUAACUCUGAAAGACAUGGACUCCAUCGCACCUAAAGUCCCGGGCCUGGAGCACCUGGACAUCGAGCAGAACCGCUCCAGUGGCAGCCUCUGCAGACGGAUCCCCAUGUUGUUUCCUCAGCUCAGGACGCUCAGGAUACGGUUCUUCCGUCGGGAACCGGAGAAAGACCUGCUGAGCCUCAACCGGCUGCGCCACCUGGUGCAGCUGGAGCUGCUGGUGGAGCGCUCCUUCAUCCUGAGGGAUUACCUCAACGGCCACCCGUGGCCCAGCCCCAGCGUCCGGGCGCUCAUCAAUCAGCUGCGAGAGCUGUCGGAGAACAGGAUCACCGUCAUCACCACCAUGCGCCAGAGAAGCCCACUACGGGAGUGUGACUGUGUGUGGGAGGGCGACUGAAGAGGGGCAAGGACACUGCGCUAAUCUGUUUUUUAUUCCUCCUGGAGAAGAAGAAGACAGAGCCGGGUCCAGAAGGCUGAAUUAAAAAUGAAUUAAGACAGACAUACACAUUAGUAGGGUUGGCCAACAUUUCAUGAAAUUACAAUUCCUUUAAUUACUACGGUCUUCAGACUUUCAAAUCAGGAAUCUUAUAAAAGAGUCGAGACAUGACAGCGAUUGGAUGACGAAUCGAAGAUUAGAGCGAUGGCUGCCAUCUUUUUUGGCUCCAGACCCCUUCGAAAUGAAGCACCGAAGCUCACCAAAGGGUGCAUACCACGUCUGGCAACGUGAGACAUCUGAUUCCAGGUCUCGCUGCGUUACAUAAGGUCGCCUGGCGAUGGCGUCCUGUCCCCUUUGUGCACGCGUCAGAAGUGGAAUCCUUAUCCAGUUCUAUCGCCGCAUCGGGACGCUCUUUUACUCCAACUGGAUGAAGGAUUGGCGUUCUCAAAGAAACCAGCUGAGCAGACGUCAGCCCGUCACUGAAGAAAACAGGAAGAAGCACAAGGACGCCAUCGCUCUGUAGAGCCCGACCGAUACAAAUAUCUGGUUAUUUAAAAGUCCAAGAUUCCCAUAUAUCGGACAAUAUACAUUUUUUAAAUAAUCCAGUAACAAAACAAACAGAUUAGUUAUUUGUGGUUAUAGGAGUUCUCACUAAAAUAAUGUCAUAAUUUGUUUUAUUGUCACAACAGAACAGAGGAACGUCAAAAUAUAUUAAAGUUCUGAUGAAGUGUAUAAAAAAUCCAAAAAAUACUAAUAAUGCCAACAGGGACGUUGUGGAGCGUCCUCUAGUGGACAGACUAUGGAAGGGAUGUCAUUGUUGAAUCAAUCUAGAAGUUGGUGCUGUGAAAGUGUACGUUACACAGAGGGAAUCAUGAAGACAGCACGUAACCACGGAGACCGUGUAGUUAAGUGGACGAAAGAGCCCUUCUAAAAUGGAGCCACGUCUCAGAUCUUUGAGUUUUUGGAUUGCGUUAGUUGACAUUGAGCCUUUAAGAAAGUUUUGCUUUUUAUAUAUUUAGUUGUCAGGGCUGGGUAUAAUAAUGUUGAAAUCUUUCCUUCACUCUUUCAGUAGCACACUCAGAAGAAAAGUUGUCCCCGCCCCCCCCCUGCUGGUUACCUAUCCCGUCCAGAGAAUGGGAUUUGGGAAUGUGAGAAACAGAACCUUUUCUUAGGGCUGUCCCUGACUAAAGAAGCUCUCUGUAAAACAAAGAAUCAUGCAGAAGCACCACUCAGAGCAUGACUGACAACUAAAUGUAUGUUCGUUUCUAUUUUUAUGAAUUGUUACUAGACAACAUUGUUUUUCUUAAAGGAUUUCAUGUUUUCUUUAGGAGAAUUACCCUGGAGCAGGGCAGCACUUGUGUUUUUUUUGGAGUAUCUGCAGGCCGAUCGUUUUUUGAGUUCCCUCUGUUAAAGCUCUGGGAAUCAAUGUGUCCCAUUUCCACCUGCUCCCCAAAUAAUGCAUGACUCCAUUGCAUUUUUUGUUGCAUUUCAUUUGUUAAAAAUAAAGCACUUGUUGCUUAUUGAAUAACGUCCCUAAUCUGCUUUGUUCGUGCUGUGAAAAUCCUUUGAAUGUGGGAAGUUGAAAGCUUGCUUUUCACGUUGAUUACUAAACUAACAGCUGUUGGUUGCAGCACUAAACACUGUCAAAACAAUAUCAAAAUAUCAAAUACAUUUUUUGACGUUCUUCUCGUGACGUUAAAAAUCCGGCGGGCGGCCUGCGUUGGGAUCCUGCCGGGUGUGUUCACGCACUGAAGUUCUUCAUGGAACGCGGGAAAAUCCCUUUUCUUUUUUCACGAGUAUUUAAUUCACACGGAAUAGGCUUUACCGCGUGGUAUCGUUCUAAAAAUCCCGAUCUCGAUUCACCCCGUUCGAUUUCAUUUCAGGUUUUUUUUUAUGACUUUGAUUUCAAUUUACGAGCCGACUGCAUCACCGACGCUGCUACUUUCUCCUGUGCGGUUUUUCAUCCGGACUAUAUGAUUGAAUCCCAGUAAACAUGUCGUGAUAUACAUCGUGAGGAAGAUAUGAAAGGACCUACGUAUAUCAUGAUGGGAGAUUUCGCCCACGUCGCCUUAUAGUACGCGAGACAUUCACACACUGCCCGGCCCGUUUUAAGAAUGUCAGUCUGGUUUUUGAUUUCUCUCAAAGUGUUGAAAUGGAAAAGAAAAGGAAAGGCAGGACGAGGAGUUGGUUCAAUACGAGUGCCGAGUAUUUACCGGGACACGAACAAUUCUUAUUUGGGGGUUUUAUCCAGAGUGUGUUGUAGUUUAUGAUCUUGUAAAUAAAACUUUUUUUGUAGUUCGGGAGUGAAACAUUUUGGUUGUCUGAGCUUUGAUUUCUUUUUUUCCCCACAACUAGAGCUGUCAAUCUUCCUCUGUAAUACCAUUCAAAUUUCAUUUGUUGUCUCAAGAGCAGCCUGUUAUUGACAUGUACUCAGGCUUAUUCAUUGUCAAUGCCACUAAAAGCAUGUGGUUGUUACACGUUCUGUCCACUAUUUUGACAUUUUUGAUGUGUUUAUUUGCUUAAAAAGAAAAGAAGGAAGCAUGCUGGUCGGGAUGACGUGUAUAAGGAUCCAACUCUUCACAAUAAAACCCAUUUGAGACAAUGACUGACUCAGUAGUUUCAGAAAUCAGAAACCCAAAGUGGGACUGUACAGGACUGAACUCAUCAGCAGAUAGCAAAUGAAAAUGUAUGAAUUGGAGUCAAAUUUUCUCCAUUCACUUUGAAUAUUUUUGGAAAUUAUUAAAUUUCUGAAAAUUCUGUAUAGAAGCAUACAUAUCCUAAUUGAGGUGAACUUUCUGAUGUAUGAAUGACGUUUCUAUAUUGAAAAAUGUGGAAAGAGUUAAUGUGUAAAAAUAUGCAAGAAUAAUAAAUACGUAGAAGAA